AUGGAUCCAUAUUCUUCUCGUCAGCCUACUAAACAGUUACCGCCUUCUGUUCCCGCAGCCCCUCAGACGUUUCGAGUGAAGGUUGGCAGAUCUCCUAGUGAAGCACUUGCUUUGAAAAAUUUUUUGGUCGUCAGCCCGAGAGAUUUCCAUCCUUCUGUUCGAUAUGUCAUUGUUGAAGAUCAAGCAGAGGAAAACCAACCUCCACGUCAAAUCGGAACUUCAAUGGUACAUCGACGUUGGGCUUCUCUUUCUUUGGGUCAAGAGGUUUCUAUUGCGCCAUAUGAUCCUAGUUUCGAAAGUCCCAAUAUUUAUCUAGGAAGAUUGGAUUUAGAAGUUAGUUUUUUGAGAAAAACUACAGAGAUCAAAGAACAUUUUGAUACUGAAGAGAUGUCAAAAAUAUGUUUUGAGGCAUUCAAUAACCAAAUAUUUAGUGUUAAUCAGCAAAUUGUAUUUGAUUUUCAUGGGAUAAAUCUUCAAAUUGUUGUUAAAGGUUUAAGUGUAGUUGACAUUGCAGAUUUACAAAGAGGAUUGGUUGGAGAUGAGAAUGCUAAUUAUCAGGGGUCACGUACUGCUACGCGUGGUAUUUUAAUGCAACAAACUACAAUUCAUUGGUUAAAGGCUUCUGAUUCGUCAAUAAGGUUAAAAGGUCCUUCUGCAAAGGUGACUACUGCCAUUAUUCAACCUAAUUUUAAAUUCGAAGAUAUGGGAAUAGGUGGUCUAGACUCUGAAUUUAGUGCUAUCUUUCGACGAGCAUUCGCUUCACGAAUAUUUCCACCUAGUUUAGUUGAAAAAAUUGGCAUUCAGCACGUAAAAGGUAUUCUUUUGUUUGGACCGCCUGGAACGGGUAAAACGUUGAUGGCACGACAAAUCGGAAAAAUGCUCAAUGCUCGUGAACCAAAGAUAGUUAGUGGUCCUGAAAUAUUAAAUAAAUAUGUUGGUCAAUCCGAAGAAAAUAUUCGUAAAUUAUUUGCAGAAGCUGAAAAAGAAUACAAAGAGAAAGGUGAUGAAUCGGGCUUGCAUAUUAUUAUAUUUGAUGAAAUAGAUGCAAUUUGCAAACAACGUGGUGGCAGAAGCGAUUCAACUGGAGUGGGUGAUAGUAUAGUUAACCAGUUAUUAUCCAAGAUGGACGGUGUAGAGCAGUUGAAUAAUAUUCUCAUAAUCGGUAUGACUAACAGACAUGACCUUAUUGAUGAAGCGUUGUUACGUCCUGGUCGGUUAGAAGUUCAUAUGGAAAUUGGAUUGCCAGAUGAACGUGGUAGACUCCAAAUCUUGAAAAUUCAUACGGCAAAGAUGAAACAAAAUGAUAUAAUGGAUCCGGAUGUUGAUUUAGAUGAACUUGCCAGCUUAACAAAAAACUUUAGUGGUGCAGAGAUAAAUGGACUUGUAAAGAGUGCUAGUUCAUUUGCGUUUAAUAGGCAUGUUAAGGUGGGAACACUUGCUGGUGUAGCUACUGAUAUGAACGACAUGAAGAUCAAUAAGGAGGACUUUUUAUGUGCAUUAGAUGAAGUUCAUCCCGCCUUUGGUGUGAAUGAAGAAGAACUUCAACAAUGUGUCCAAAAUCAGAUUAUUCCAUUUGCUUCUAAUGUAGAAAGAAUUUUAUCAGAUGGACAAUUAUUUAUAGAACAAGUUCGAAAAAGUUCACGAACACCUCUUGUUAGUGUUCUCUUACAUGGUCCUCCUGGUAGUGGUAAAACGGCAUUGGCAGCAACUAUGGCAAUGUCAUCAGAAUUCCCAUUCAUCAAAUUAAUUUCGCCCGAAACUAUGGUAGGAUAUGCAGAAUUGGCAAAAAUAGCCAUCAUUAGCAAGGUUUUCAAUGACUCUUAUAAGUCACCUUUAAGUGUAAUUGUUAUUGAUAACAUUGAGAGAAUCCUUGAUUGGGUUCCAAUUGGCCCUCGAUUUUCGAAUUCUAUCUUGCAGACAUUAUUGGUUUUGCUCAAGAAACGACCACCUAAAGAUCGUCGUCUUUUAAUUCUAGCUACCACAAAUGAAAAAUCUGUUUUGGACGAUAUGAAUAUGUCUGAUUGUUUUAAUUCCGAGAUUUAUGUUCCAAAUAUUACUGAAUUGAGUUCGGUUGAUGUUGUUCUGAAAGAGUUAGCGUUGUUUAGCGACGAAGAGAGAAAUCAGGCCCUUAAUGCUUUGAAACAAGGUGGAGUAGAAUUGAGAAUUGGUAUUAAAAAGCUUUUGACUAUAAUAGAGAUGAGCCGUCAAGAUGUAGAUAAAGUCGAUAAGUUUAUUAGCACCAUAUUGAGUAUGGCACCAUACAAAGUAGAACCAAAUACAUUAUAUAUGCCUGAUAAGUCUGAAAUUCCAGACCCGACGUCCCUAUAUAAACUUUAUGAAUGA